UUUCAGAGUGGAGCUUCUUUACGUGACCACCCCCACCCACCUUUCAUCCCCCUUAUCGCACACACACACACACAUUCACCUCUCACCAAUCACCACCACCACCGAUGUUUUCUUCAUCAAAAGGUAUCAAUACUAACCCCCUCUCAUGAUUUCUAUCCCCAAUUCCAAUUCCCCUUCAUAUAGGGUUCCUUCCUUCAUAACUUUAUUUUAGGUCUUCCAACCUUGAUUCACUUCUGUUGAUUCAGUUGAAAAACAGAGCCCCGGACGUAAUCUGAUUUCUCACUACUCCCUCCCAUUACUUGUCGUUCUCGUUUUCAUUUUCGUUCAUACCCUCAAUUUCCCCGCGAUCAAGAUUUUAUUUUUGGUCUGAUAAUGGGUAAUGUUGGAAGUAACAGCUCCAACGGCCGGCGGAGACACGGCGGUGGUGGGAGCAGGAGGGGGAGCAAUCAAAAUCACCCCACACCGCCACCGCCGCAACCGCCACAGCCGGAGAUCAACGCUAAUAGAUACGUGUUCGCCGCUGCCACACCUUACCCUGCUCAAUACCCUAACCCUAACCCUAAUACUCCUCAACCUCAUCCUCCAUAUUACCAAUACCCAUCUGGACCAUACUACCCACCACCACCGCCUCCCGCAGCAGCCUUGCCUCCACCAUACGAUCACCACCACCGCGUGCCUAUGGACCCUGCAGCGCAGGCGUGGGUCGGCGGGAGGUAUCCCUGUGGGCCUGUGAUGAACACUCCUACACCUUAUGUCGAUCAUCAAAAAGCUGUAACCAUAAGAAACGACGUUAAUCUCAAGAAAGAAACAUUGAAGAUCGAGCCUGAUCAAGAAAACCCUGGAAAAUUUCUUGUUGUUUUCACGUAUGAUGCCACUGUCGCUGGCAGCAUUACCCUUUAUUUCUUCGCAAAAGAGGGAGAAGACUGUAACAUGAGUCCAACAAAAGAAGACCUUCUUCCACCAAUCACAGUGUCCUUCCAACAAGGUUUAGGCCAGAAAUUCCGACAGGAAUCAGGGACUGGAAUUGACCUUUCAUUAUUCGAAGAGGCAGAAUUACUCAAAGUUAGCGAAACAGGGGUAUACCCUCUAGCAAUUAAAGCAGAAGCAAAUCCGAUUCCAUCUGUAUCUGAAAACGGGAAUUCUACGAAUCCUGGAACUACCAAUUCCCAAAUAACUCAAGCAGUGUUUGAGAAGGAGAAAGGUGAGUAUCAGGUUAAGGUCACAAAACAGAUCCUAUGGGUGAAUGGAAUGAGAUAUGAGUUACAGGAGAUCUACGGAAUCGGCAAUUCCGUUGAUGGUGCUGAUUUCGAUGGGAAUGAUCCCGGAAAAGAAUGUGUCAUCUGUUUAUCAGAACCUCGGGACACUACAGUCCUUCCAUGUCGACACAUGUGUAUGUGCAGUGGAUGUGCAAAAGUUUUGAGGUUUCAGACGAACAGGUGUCCGAUAUGUAGGCAGCCUGUGGAGAGGCUUUUGGAGAUAAAGGUGAGUAAUGGAGGUGAAGAUUGAUAAUCAAACCAUAAAAUCAUAAAAUCGUAUUAAUAUUGUAAAAUCAUGUUUUGUUUUUGAAACAUAUAUAUAUGUUUGUUUGAGUAAUCGAAAUAUUGAUUGAUGUUUUAA